GUCCCUGUGCGGGCGCCUGACCAUAACACGUGCGUGAUAGUACGUGAUAGUAGGACGCUGCGCAACAAAAAGUGCUUUCUCUAUUUAACGGCAUGGCGAAUGACAAAGAUCCAGUUAACCUAAAAGUCGGUGUACUUGCUAUACAGGGAGGAUUCUUUGAACAUAAAGCAGCAUUGCUAAAGGCUUUGAAAAACCACAAGUUUAAGAAUGAUAUUGAAGUACAAAUUGUCGAAGUAAGAGAAGAAGAAGACUUACAAGAGCUCGAUGGUCUUAUAUUACCUGGGGGAGAAAGUACGACGAUGAGUAUUUUUCUCGAAUCAAGUGGCCUAGAUAGUGUUCUUAAGGAUUGGAUGAAUGAUAAAACCAAACCAAGAGUAGUGUGGGGCACUUGUGCUGGAUUGAUUCUAAUGUCAAACCAGAUUGCAGGACAAAAGGAAGGAGGCCAGGCCAAGAUUGGUGGCCUAGACAUUACAACAUCAAGAAACUUCUUUGGUCGUCAGUUAAAUAGUUUUGAAGCCGUGUUAGACAUAAAAGACAAAAGUGUGCAAGAAAGCAUCUUGAAUUCUACAGUCUAUAAAUCCACCUGUAAAGGCAUUCAUGGAGUAUUCAUACGAGCACCAGCUGUCCUAUCUAUAGAUAGUAAAGAAGUUCAGAUACUGGCAACUGUUAAGAUACCUUCUUGUGAGAGACCCGUCAUUGUGGCAGUUGCACAAGACAACUUAAUGGCAACUGCAUUUCAUCCAGAACUAACUGAUGAUGUUGAAUGGCAUGCAUAUUUUAUAAGGAAGAUUUUGAAUGCUUGAAUGUGAUGAUCACUAAACUACAUGCUAUAUAACAAAUACGCCAGUUAUUUGUAUUUAAAAUGGAUUAAGAUGUUACAUAUAGAUCUAAGGAAACUAUGGAUGCUUAUUUAUUUUCUAUUAUAUGCAAGUCAAUGACUCUGCCAAGUGACUCAGCCAGAACUGGAAAUAUCUUUUAAUAUAAGCAAAAGUUAAUUUUUAAAUGAGUUAGCUCAUCAAGUAACAUGCAUGGGCUACCUAGAUGCUUAUGCUAACAAUAAAGGACAUCUUACAUUUGAAAAAAUAUUUAGAAGUGGUAUCAUUUGCUAACUAUAUCAGGAAAGAGUAGUUUUCCCCACUUGCGAUCAACUCCAUGCACCAUUUUGGUUCUUUUGCCUUCUUUACCAUCAACCAUAUCCUUGCCUUCAUUUGCCCAUUUGAAAAUAGAGCCUUCCAAGUUGCAUGCCGUUAUGUUACUUCUUGUUUCUUUGUUUUCUGGUUUUGCUAAUUCUUUCAUCAAUCUCUGUGUCAAAAUGCUCGCCCGAUAACCAACGGCACAGUACAUCACAACGGUUGUUUGUUCUUCAGGACCACCUUUAAAGUUGGAGUGAAUAUUUGUUAUAUUUUCUGAAUAUAUAAAGGCAUAACUGUUUGAAAAUCUGCCUCCAGUGAUCUCUGUUUUACAUCUUCGGUAUUUCCCUUUUUGCACCGUUUACCAGAAUGCAUAAGUAAAUACAUUCUCAAACAAAUUUCAUUCUAAAGUGAUAUGUAUAAUGGCCUAAAAUGAGAAAAAAAGUGCCUGAUAUCAUGGAUAAUAUGAGUGGGAAACGGUACAACUGCCACAAUUCUAUGUGUUA